AUGACACAAAUAGCAGAAAUCCAAGUGAGCAGAGAGCAGCCAGAGGAGUCCGAGCGCCCUGAAAUGGAGAGAGGUUCCUCCCUUGCGGUGCUUCUGCUACUGAUGAGCUCCUUGGACAGCAGCUCUCUGGUUUCGUUCUCAGUGUUUAUGGGGAAAGAUAAAGCCCAUGAGGUACUGAAAGUCCACAAACGUGCCAACUAUUUUCUGGAAGAGAUUCGCACAGGGAACCUGGAGAGAGAGUGCAUUGAGGAGCAAUGUUCUUUUGAGGAGGCCAAGGAGAUUUUCCAGUCGCAGGAGAAAACGGGGGAGGUCCCAGAUGGCUGGAGACUGGCCAGUGUGAUGCCCAUCUACAGGAAGGGUCAGAUGGAGGAUCUGGGGAACAGCAGGCCUGUCAACCUGGCCUCGAUAUCAGGGAACGUCAUGGAGCAGAUCAUCUUGAGGGCAAUCAUGCAGCCUGUGUGCAACAGCCAGGGGAUCAGGUCCAGCCAAUGGGGGUCCAGGAAAGGCAGGCCCUGCCUCACCAACCCGAUCUCCUUCUAUGACCAGGUGAUCUGCCUCAAGCUGGAGUUCUGGUUCCAUUACAAAGGUUUAAAUCCAUGCAAUACAAAUCCCUGCAAGAAUGGUGGAGUCUGCAAAAUAAGGCACUACACCUACUUCUGCAUCUGCCCACCCAACUUUGGCGGUGAUACCUGUGAAAGAGAAAAGCAGCAGUGCUGGUAUAAGAACGGCGGCUGCUGGCACUACUGCCAAGACACCGAAAGCGCCUUGGAGGUGGCGUGUUCCUGCGCGCAGGAUUACGCCCUGCACGAGGAUGGGAAGAGGUGUGUGCAGGCAGCAUCUUUUCCAUGUGGCCUCAUUAAAGGCAGACGGGCUUUGGAGCAAGAGCCUCUGGGGCGGAAAAUGGUUCCGAGAAGCCUGCAGGAGCAGGAGAACAACAACGUCACUGCGGGGAGCAGGAGCGUGGAGGGCAGCAUUGGUGCCCUCGGCAGGAUGGAGGCCUUAGAGAACACUGUUGAGCAAAGCAAGCGCACGGAGGGCGCCGCAGGGCCCAACGAGGUGGGAGAAGCUGCUUCCAGCUGCAACGGGACGAGGGUGGACGCUGCUGAACAGACCACUCUGGAGGACAGUGCUGCCUGGCAGGAGCCGGGUGCCAACGUGACUGGGAGAGGCUUGAGCAGGUGGUGGGGGCAGCCGGUGGGCGCUGCCAGGCAGAGCGCAACAACUGGAGCUGCCGCAGGGCGCCGUGAGCUGGUGGGAGCUGCGGCCAGGCACACCGGCGGCACCGGGCAGCACGAACGCGGCAGGGAGGCCAAGCCGCCCAGGGCGCCACCUGCACAGCUGCCCGGCCCCAGCGCGGGGCACGGGGACACCCGCGUCGCCGGAGGGAUGUUUUGUCCGCGGGGGCAGUGCCCCUGGCAGGUUUUGAUCCGCAAUAGCAGAGAUGAGGGUUUCUGUGGAGGGAGUUUAAUCAGUAGUCGCUGGGUCGUCACUGCUGCUCAUUGCCUUGAUCUUGUCAGACCGCACCACGUCACUGUAGGAGACUUUGACAAGUACCAAAGAGAAAUGGGAGAACAGAAGCUCGGCGUGGAGCGGAGCUGGACUCACCCGCACUACGACUCCAAUACCUACAACAGCGACAUCGCCCUGCUGUACCUGAGCAGCGAGGUGACGCUCGACGAGUUCGCCCUGCCCCUGUGCCUGCCGAGCCGCGGGCGCGCGGCGCUGCUCACUGAGGAGGGCAGGGUGGGCACCGUGAGCGGCUGGGGGGCCACACACGAGCGCGGCGCCACCAUGCGCUUCCUCAUGAGGGUGCGGGUGCCCGUGGUGAGCAUGGAGCGCUGCCAGCGCGCCAUGGACAGGCUGGUCACCGACAACAUGUUCUGCGCCGGCUACGAGACGCAGGCCGAGGACGCCUGCAAGGGCGACAGCGGCGGCCCCUUUGCUGUGCCUUACCACAACACCUGGUUUCUCCUGGGCGUCGUCAGCUGGGGUGAGGGCUGCGCUCAGCAAGGGAAAUACGGGGUGUACACGCGCGUAGCCAACUACAUCCCCUGGAUCAAAGAGGUUGUCGAAAGCGUAUCAGAUUCUGGAAAGAUUUUACAUCAACUAUAUUCCUAA